AUGGAAUUAAUCAUCUGGCGCAUCAAACUUACUUUUUCUUCAGUUCCGCCCAAUAUCACAACGCUGAGGUACCUUGACGAUACUGAUACAUACCGACCAGUCGGAGCAAGUGACAUCAGACUGAAAGAGGGAUUCAGUCUCGUGCUCGGUGUUGAUGUUGACAGUAACCCAAAUUCAAGUGUAAUUUUAUCGCGUUACCAUAAAACAGUCGCGAAGGGUGCUGGUAAUGACACUGCUGGAAGUUAUGUUUUUGAAUUAAAGAAUAUUCAGUGUAACCAGACAGGAAGGUAUGAUGUGAGGGCGACCAACUUCGUCACUCAGAAUAGAAGUAAUAUCAACCCCGAUGUGAAGCAGUUUGGAAUUCUAGUCAGUUGCGUACCUGAUAUACCGGUCGACUUCCGUUCGUCAGAAGUAGGAACCGAUUAUGCCAAAGUCAUGUGGGUACCUGAAUUUAACGGCGGAACUCCUCAGCUCUUCCAUAUCGAGGUGAAGGUAGUUGGAGACGAAUGGAUAACGUACAUGCUGAAUAUCUCCGAUAAAGGUCAGGGAGUACUGAUGACACACAAACUCGAGGACCUGACUCCUUCAACCGACUAUAUCAUCAGACUCAAUGUUUCCAACAAAGUAGGAAGGGGGAAUUCCACGGAGAUAAAUAUACGGACGAUUGAGCCUCCGACACCUGUCAACUUAACCCGUCUUAUCUUGGUUGUAUCCGUUGCCCUUCUUCUGUUUGUCACCGGAAUUCUUGUCGGCGUAGUCGUAAGGCUGAAACGGAAUCAACAAGGUGACACCACAAGAACAGAAGUGAUCACGACAAAUGCCGAUGCAAGAGAGAUUAACGUAUCACGACCAAUCAGAGGCGGUGCUGCAAAAUGUGAAGCUGUAGCCACGGACGAUGAUGGAUACACGCUCACGUUAGAAAUACCGAAAGGUGGUGCUGCAAAUUAUGAAUCUCUAACCACAGAUGACAAAGAUUACACUGCCUUGUCAGAAGUAUCUAAAGGUGGUGCCGCAGAUUAUGAAUCUCUAACCACAGACGACAAAGAUUACACUGCCUUGUCAGAAAUAUCUAAAGGUGGUGCUGCAGAUUAUGAAUCUCUAACCACAGAUGAGAAAGGCUACAUACCCAUGUCAGAAAUACCUAAAGGUGGUGCUGCAAAUUAUGAAUCUCUAACCACAGAUGACAAAGAUUACACUGCCUUGUCAGAAGUAUCUAAAGGUGGUGCCGCAGAUUAUGAAUCUCUAACCACAGACGACAAAGAUUACACUGCCUUGUCAGAAAUAUCUAAAGGUGGUGCUGCAGAUUAUGAAUCUCUAACCACAGAUGAGAAAGGCUACAUACCCAUGUCAGAAAUACCUAAAGUGGAAGCUAUAUACAAAGAAAAUGGUGCUCAGGUAAGACUGAUUCUUCCAAAGCCGCCAGACAGGAGUAUUUCUACCAUUUACUUCAAUGAAAGGACACUUUUCACAUACAGUUAUGGCAAAGCAGUUGGUAACAAUUAUAACAAUGGUGUAACAGUGGAACUGACAUCAACAAAUGCUAAGUUGACAAUUGAUUCCCUGGAAGUAAAACAUGCUGGAUACUACUACACCAAGAAAAUAAGCGGAAAUAAGAUACUUGGAGGAAAGUUCUUGGUAAUUACUGACUCACCCACAAAGCCAAACAUUACUCCCUCAUCUCAGUCCCCAAUUAUCAACAGCUCUGUGACAUUGGGGUGUUCAUCAAGUUCACGAAGUAAGCCUAACAACCACGGGCUGGUUUUAACAUCUACAUGGAAACUUAAUGGAACUGAGGUUAAUAACGACAGGUUCUCAGUCCAAGGCACCAUUCUCGUUAUCAAUUCAGUACGACUGAGAGACAAGUAUAACCAAUAUACAUGUGUGACUAAGGAGACUGGACAGGGAUACAGUGGACCUCCCUCAGAGGAAAGUCAGGAAUUCCAGCUAACACCUCUCUGUGAGUAUAACACAAUGUACAUUAUCACUAUUACCUGA